CUGAAAUUUACGUUAAAAUGGAAUACACCAGCAAGACACAGAUCUACCAGAAGGUGAAGAAGCCGCUGCUGGAGCGUCAGCGUCGGGCGCGCAUCAACAAGUGCCUGGACACACUAAAGACACUUGUCGCCGAGCUGCGCGGUGAUGAUGGCAUCCUGCGCAUGGACAAGGCCGAGAUGCUUGAAUCAGCUGUGGUAUUUAUGCGCCAACAAAAGAUGAGCAAAUCAGUAGCAGCAACACCACCAACAACAGCAACACCAGCACCACCAGCAAUGCCAUUGGAGAGCUUCCGCAAUGGUUAUAUGAAUGCCGUCAAUGAGGUGUCACGUGUUAUGGCAUCCACACCUGGCAUGAGCGUUGACCUGGGCAAAUCGGUGAUGACUCAUCUGGGACGCAUCUACAAGAAUCUACAACAGUUCCAUGAGGCACAAACAAUGCCUGAGUCAUAUCCAGCAACUGAGUUGAGCAUCAACUGCAACUCGGCCCCGCUCAGCCCCGCCUCAUCUGGUUAUCACAGUGAUUGCGAGAGUCCUGCACCAUCGCCUUUGCCAGUGGAAGAGAAACUGUGGCGCCCCUGGUAAAGCAACUGGCAAUUGGCAGCGACUUAGAAGAAGGCAAAAUGUAACGCAACUGUGAUAACCAACUGUGAUGGCAACAACAAAACAAUUAGCAAAAGCAAAACAAUUAAAUAAAUGCAAUAAGAAAUAGAA